UACUUGAGGUAGACGUGAAAGAUUUCUGAAGAGCAAAACAGCUUGGACCCCAGCUUUUCAGAACAGCAGAGAACAGAUCACCAUCGUGAGGUCAGCGAGAUCCCUCGCAAGCACCCUCAAUCUUGAAACAAAAUUGCAAGCUGAGCUUCUUGUGUGCAGCACAGACCCAACGGCAAGCAUCCUGAGCGGAAACCUCCUCUGCAUUUGCUUGCAACCCACAGAAGAAAAAUAAAAUCGGCCUGAACCCCAGCUUUCCAGAACAGGGAAACAGCCAUCAUGAGCAGUAACGCUGUUGAGGAUCAGAUCAAGGAUAAGCUGGAACAGCUGAGAUGUCACUUUACAUGGGAGUUGGCCAUUGAAGACACUGAAAUACCUGAUUUAGAAAACAGGGUCUUGGAGCAGAUUGAGUUCCUAGACACCAAAUACAACGUGGGAAUAUACACCUUACUGGCCUAUGUGAAACACCUGAGAGGCCAGAAUGAGGAAGCCCUGAAGAGUUUGAAAGAAGCUGAAGACUUAAUCCAGCAAGAACAUGACAACCAGUCAGAUGUGAGAAGUCUGGUUAACUGGGGCAACUAUGCCUGGCUGCAUUACCACAUGGGCCAACAUGCAGAAGCCCAGAUUUACCUGGACAAGGUGAAGAACACUUGCAGGAAGCUUGCAAAUUCCUCCAGCUAUAGAAUGGAGUGUCCUCAGAUGGACUGUGAGGAAGGAUGGGCCUUGCUGAAAUGUGGAGGAGAGAAUUAUGACCGGGCCAAGGUCUGCUUUGAAAAGGCUCUGGAAAAGGACCCUGAAAACCCUGAAUUCAGCACUGGGUAUGCAAUCACCGUCUAUCGCCUGCAGUCCUUUAACAAAGCAGCAAAGAGUACUGAGGCAAUACUGAAUACCCUAAAACAGGCUGUCAGGCUAAAUCCAAAAGAUGCAUAUAUGAAGUCUCUCCUUGCCCUGCAGCUUCAAGGUGUAGGGCAAGAAGCUGAAGGAGAAAAAUACAUUAAAGAAGCACUGACCAAUGGGUCCUCAAAGAUAUAUGUCUUUCGACAUGCUGCCAUGUUUUACCGAAAGAAAGGCUCUCUGGAUGAAGCUCUUCGGUUCUUAAAACUGGCCUUGAAAGCAACACCCUCCUCUGUCUGCCUGCAUCACCAGAUGGGGCUUUGCUACAAGUCACAAAUCCUCCAAAUAAAGAAAGCUACAAACUGGCAGCCUAGAGGACAGGAUAAAGAAAACAUCAACAGAAUAAUACAAUCAGCCAUAUUUCAUUUUGAAUUUGCUGUGCAACAAAAGCCCACAUUUGAGUUUGCUUACAUAGACCUGGCAGAAAUGUACACAGAAGCAGGUGACCACCAAAAAGCUGAAGAUACUUAUGAAAAGGUGUUAUGCAUGGAAUCACUCGACGGAUACAUGCUGCAACAGGUACAUUUCCACUAUGGCAAAUUUCUGGAAUUUAAAAAAAAAUCUGAAGUUGAUGCAAUCAGCCAUUAUUUAAAAGCAGUAAAACUAGAAAACGCAUCAUUAAGGAGUAAAAGUAUCAAUUCUUUGAAGAAACUGGCUUUAAAGAAACUUCAGAGAGAUGCAUCAGAUAUAGAAAGCUUGUACAUACUUGGCUUCAUCCACAAAGUAAAAGGAGAAAUGAAUGAAGCCCUGGAGUAUUACGAGCAGGCCCUGAGGCUGGUUCCUGUCUUGGAGAACUCUGCUUGUGACCCAUAGGCACUGAAAUAUGGACCACUCUUACAUAUCAUUUGAUUUUAUGUCAACAUAUAUUAAUCAUCUUUUCUGCUUGCUGCUUUCAGAAAUAUAUUAUGUAAUUCACUGCAAUGAUAUAAUCUUUGAAUAAUUACUCAAACCUGAUAAAACACUGGUUGUAUUGAGAAAAUAGUGAAACAGACUAUACAGGUCUCUGUGUGUGAGAGAGAGAGAGGAAGAGAGCGAAGAACCAUUUCUCUGUGAAUGUUAUAUAGUAGAAAAAACAAAGUUUGUUGAGUAGAUUUGUAGCAAAUAAAACACUGGCCUUGACAUGGAACCAGCCAAAAUGUCCAUCAACAGAUGAAUGGAUAAAGAAGAUGUGGCACAUAUGUACACUGGAAUAUUACUCAGCCAUAAAAAGAAACGAAAUUGAGUUAUCUGUAGUGAGGUGGAUGGACCUGGAUGGAGUCUGUCAUACAGAGUGAAGUAAAUAAGAAGAGAAAAACAAAUACUGUAUUCUAACUAUAUAUGGACUCUAUAGAAAAAAAAAUGAUACUGAUGAACCUAGUUGCUGGGCAGGAAUAAAGAUGUAGACAUAGAGAAUGGACUUGAGGACACGGGGUGGGAGGGGGAAGCUGGGGUAAAGUGGGAGUAGCAUCGACAUAUAUACACUAUCGAAUGUAAAAGAGCUAGUGGGAAGCAGCAGCAUAGCACAGGGAGAUCAGCUCCGCGCUUUGCGAUGACCCAGAGGGGUGGGAUAGAGAGGAUGGGAGGGAGGCUCAAGAGGGAGGGGAUAUGGGGACAUGUGUAUGCAUAUGGCUGAUUCACUUUGGUGUACAACAGAAGCUAACACAGUACUAUGAAGCAGUUAUACUCCAAUAAAGAUCUAUUUUAAAAAAAACCACUGGACUUACGUAAAAUAAAAUGUUCAAUUAAUUCAUUUUAUCAAUAAAUAGUUUUCAGUGCUAGAUACCAAAAAUACUAUGGUGAUGUAGGGGAGGGAAAAUUCUUUUUCCUCUACCCAUCUUAGGUUCAUUGGCUUGGGCCUUAAAUUAAACUGAAGAAAGACAGAUUAACAAGAGAAAAACAAACAAG